GUGAUGUACCGCGAUAUAAUGUAUUCAAUGUUUACAUGCCAAUUUUUGUAAAAUCGGAUGAAAAUUUUUGACAUAUUUGACCUAUCGAUGUUUGAUUUCACGACGAUUAUGGCGCGCUAAUCAUACAAUUAUUCAAACGUCGUGAGUCAUUGUUUGCUAUCCUGAGUACAAAUUUCUCGUCGCGGAUGCAAAUUUGUGUUGUCGAAAUUGAAAAAAAAUUUGCCCACCGUUUGAAAACGUUUGACACCAAGACUUAAGCCAGGAUGCCGAGGAUUGCCAUGGACACCAGCGCAACACCCGCCGGAACAGCAUUCGAUGGCUUGGGGGUUGUCGUGGGUGUGCACAGCUUGGUGUAGGGUGUGGCGUCAUUGAUGACCUUGCCGUCCGCUGUGCAGUUGGGCAAAGCCGCAGCCGCCGUCGUGAUGGCUCCGAUACACGGUGUGUUGCAAAUGACGGUGGCCGACUGGUUGAGCAGUCCCUGGAGGGUCGUGGUCGCUGGGAUGCCGGUGGCCGAUGCACACGCAGCAGGCACGGGUGACACGAACAUCUGGCCCGCCGUGAUCAACUGGUUGGGCGAACACGCCCCGCCAUUCGUACUGCCAACGGCGCAAAUGGUCGCGGCCAUCGUGGUCAUGGUUUCCUUUUGGCUCUUUCCAUCGAGUGUGCAGUCGGGAAACGACUUGAUCCAAGCAUCCAAGUUGGCCGUGCAUGACGGGGUCGAGCAAAAGAGCGUGAUCUUGGCAGCGCUUGUUGGUACAAGCUCCAUCAUCGACGACGCGUUGCCGACCGUGCUGGUGCAGUUGGCCCACGGAGCGGCCAUCGACGUUUCCACGAUGACCGAGGCUUGCUCCGAGGUGCAAGCGGCGCCAUGAACAACUUCCGAGGUGGUCGCAAGGACGGUGGCGAGGGCUAGGAGCAACUGCAUCUUGACGGAGCAGAUUCGGGAAUGGCCGCACGUCGGGCCCGUCAUGGCAGACGUGCCACCACCGUUCACAAGAUUCGUUCCAAACUUAC